AUGCGCUCAGCAACACUUUCGCACGCAGCGCUGGCCGCAACCUUGACAACCCUCGCCUCCGCACAAGGCAGCUACGUCCUCAAGGACGACCUCUCGUACAACAACUUCUUCCAGAACUUCGACUUCUACUCCGGAGAGGACCCCACGAACGGCUUCGUCCAGUACCAAAGCAAGGAGGCCGCGACCCAGCAGAACCUCGUCGGCUACUUUGAAGACACGCAGAGCAUCUUCCUCGGCGUCGAUUAUAAGACCAAGGACCCCAAAGGCCGCGCCUCUGUGCGUGUGGAGAGCACCAAGACGUGGAACCAGGGGCUCCUGAUUGCGGAUAUCAAGCACAUGCCCGAUUCGACCUGCGGCACAUGGCCUGCGUACUGGCUUCUCGGCCAGCAGACCGUCGGUAAAGACGACUGGCCUUUGGGCGGCGAAAUCGAUCUCCUUGAGGGCGUAAACCUCGACUCUGCGGCCGCCGUCACAUUGCACACCUCCGCCGGAUGUGCUGUCGACAACGCUACUUCCAGCAUCCAGAGCCGCGCUGAGUCGGCCUUCAUGGGCAGCAUGUCGACUUCUGACUGCGACGUCGCUGCCGAAGGCCAAGCCAAGAACGUGGGCUGCAGCAUCAAGGCGCCGAACCUCACGGCCUCGAACGGGAUGGCGACAUACGGCACAGAUUUCAAUGCCGCGGGUGGCGGCGUAUACGCGAUGGAGUGGACGUCCACCUCGAUCUCGGUGUGGUUUCUCCCGCGCAACAGCACGGCAUUUGCGGCGUCCACAUCGAACGGCGCGCAGGCACUUGACCCGUCGACCUUCGGCACGCCGCUGGCCAAGUUUCAGGGCCAGGGGUGCGACUUUGAAGAGCGUUUCAAGAACAUGCGAAUCAUCUUCGACACGACGUUCUGCGGUGACUGGGCGGGCAAGACGUGGGAGGAGUCGACGUGUGCUGCGAAAACGGGCGCGGCGACGUGCCAGGAAUACGUACAGAACAACCCAGAGGCCUUCACGAAUGCGUACUGGGAGAUUGCGGGUUUGAAGUGGUUCGAGAAG